CUUCCGCUAGUUGACAUUUUACGCUUUGUUGUUUAUUUUGCUUUUAGUGCGCAACUUUUCGGAGUGUCGUAGAGUAACUUGUCACGGAAUUAUUGUUUGAAACGCGUAUAUUCCCUUAAUUACUUCAAAAUGAAUUUCCAAUACAAAGCUGAGCAUGUGUUUGAAAAGAGGAAAAGCGAAGGCGAGAAAAUCAGGAAGAAGUACCCCGACAGAGUUCCCGUCAUUGUAGAAAAAGCUCCCAAAGCUAGGAUUGGAGACUUGGACAAGAAAAAGUACUUAGUUCCAUCAGACUUAACUGUUGGACAAUUUUACUUUUUAAUCCGUAAACGAGUACACUUGAGACCAGAGGAUGCUCUUUUCUUCUUCGUCAAUAAUGUCAUUCCACCUACAAGUGCCACGAUGGGCUCUCUUUAUCAAGAACAUCACGAAGAAGACUAUUUUCUGUACAUUGCAUACAGUGAUGAAAAUGUCUACGGCCAGAUCUGUGCUUAAGGAGUGUUCGAAUGAAUUAUCCGCUGUUCUCAACUAUUCUCCCUCUCUCUCUCUUCACAAUCAACAUGCAUUGUAAUUGGAUAAUUUGCUAGGAAAAGAUUAUCAUCAUCUCUCAUCAUUGUAAUUCCAAAAAUAAGAUCUUAGAAUAACUGCAUUCCUUUUGUCUUGUAAUCUGCAAUGGAUGGCAAACUUCCAUCAAUCUUCCUCAAUUUUUUAUCUUUAAUCAAACGUCAUCUAUAAUUUUAGAUCAUCUUUCGAACUUACAAGUAGCAUAUUUGGAUGCAAAUUAUCGUGAGAUAUAGUUGGAAAACUACUCUGGCUCCAACAACUGAUCAUUUUUAAAACAGUCACAAAAAUGUGUGAAGAAAUAUCGUUGUUCAUGUAUUAACCACUCUAUUUUUCUCUCAUAAUUAUUUUAUUUUUAGAUUUUUAAUUAUGUUCUUACUACUUUAUAGUUUAAAAUUGCAAAAAUAUAUCAUUUCUGGCGGAUGUUAUUUUAAAGAAAUUGGGUAAGCUAUUAGGAUUAUUUCUCUCAAAAAUUUGAGGGAUGCAAAAGCAUUGAGUAAUCUAUAAAGCACCAGGCUGUCAAAGAUUUUGACUUUAAUUAUCGAAGACCACGAUUCUUCUUCCUCUUAAGUCGUUAGAACUUUGCAGAAAGAUGAAUAUGAAUCCUCCUAAGCAACAGGAGUUCAGUAGAAAUCUCGUGACCCCUCCCUCCCCCAAUCUAUCCCUUCCAUGGGAAUAGAACUCUUCGUUUCCCAGGUUUUGUUUGAAAACCAUGCCUUUUCCCCCAUUUGACUCACCUAUCUGCUGUAGGUAAAGAAAAAUUUUAUUCUCUGAAAUUUUGACUCACUGUGAACCGCGAAUAUAAGGGUUCCCUCCCACUUUAUAUUCAUCAGACAGGAAGAAAUGUAUUAUCACAAUAUACCUGGCUGAAAUGUCGAAGCAAGUUCAAUUUUUUCUCUCUUUUUUUUCCAAUUUUUAGUUUAAUCUGAAUGAAUGUUUCUAAUUUGAUUUUUGAAAAAUUAGCUCUUUCUCUCUGAAAUGAGAAGUUAAAGUACGUAGUUGUGUGUUUAAUUCAGCUUGAAAGGAUAAUAGAUCACAAAACUCUGUUAAAUGUCCUUGUUGUCAAUAUAAAAUAGCUAUUUUCUUUUGAGCUGUAAAUUUCAGUCAUCUUGUAUAUAGUAAGUUCAAAAUAAAAUCUGUUUCUAAGAACGGAA